AUGCGAGAAGCUCUCGCCUCUCUCCUCGUUUUCUUCGCAGCAGCCCUAUGCAAGCUGGCUAGGGUUCCGAUAGCGGUAGUAAAAUCGGUGGUGAGGAGCUGGCAAUCCGAAGGCGCAGUCUUCUCUAAUUCCAGGGAAGAGGAGAUCGAAGAGAUUUCUGUAAUCAGGUCUCCCAUUUGGGGAGGAUCGGGUAAAAAUCGAAGGAGAGGGGAAAUCGACUAUUUCUCGAGGUAUAUCCAGAUUCGAAAAUCAUGGAUGAUAAACACGAAUCGAGAGUCCGUCCAGAGUACGGUGCUCCGAUUAGCUCCAAAUUGGAGCUAUAUAGUCUCGCAGGCGAGACUAGGAAACCCACCAACAAAGGCUCGGUGUUUCCGGUGGUGGCGUUUAUAUCGGCGACGUGAGUUCCCAAACCGACGGUGGUCUUAUAUGAGAGGUAUGCCUCCAUCUAAUAUCAACAUGGGGAUUGGGUUUGUGGGUAUUUUAUACCUACCGUUUUUUGUUCUUAUUGGCCUAAUCUGGGGUCUAUACUGGUGUAUCCAGAGACGAUUGUCCCAGGCAAUGUCAUCCGGUGAUGUCCCAGCUGAAAAGGCGACAGCGGUACAGCCUGAGGUUCGGGUGACUGGUGAAACAGGAGCUGAGAAACAAGGUGAGGCGAUGAAGGUUGAUGAAGUGGUGCCAAAGGUCCAGGUGACUGGUGCAACUCAAGCUGAGAAACAGGAGGAUAUGAUGAAGAUUGAUGAAGUGGCGGCGGGGAUCCAGGCCAUGGCGAUGGACCAAGUUGUGGAGUUCUCGAUGGAUGAUGUCGCUACAGGGGUGCAAUGGGCGAAGAUGAGCUUGCUUGGCAGGCUAUUUAUGGAGAAUCCACCUAGUUUGGCGGUGAUCAGCAAGAUCGUGAAUGGGGAGUGGAAUUGUGCGGUGGAAGUUCGGGUCUUAGAAGCUGAAAUGGGAUUGCUGUAG